UCCUUUUCAUUCAUUGGAUGCACGACUCGAUUCAUAGUGAUACUUUCACUGAAAAAUUCACUCCGCUUUCAAAUUUUCGCGCCAGAAGAAGGAAAAUGAGAAUCGCAGAAAUCUCAACUCCGGAACUCCGGCCACCUGCACAUGACCGGCAAUCCCCUUCCCACCACCAAGACAAUCACCUCCUCUCUCAAAUCGAAUGCAAAAUCAAACAGACCGAAACCCACCCACCCGAUACUCCCCUACCCGACUCGCUCCCUUCCGAUCUCCGCCAACUCUUAACUCACCUGACUCAACUCCUUCCUUUCCCCACCACCAACAACUCUCUCAAACUCCACCUCUGGAAACUCAGCUACCGUCUCUGGAACGCCUGCGUCGACCUCUCUAACGCCGCCGCCGCCUUCCGCUCUCCAUCCUCCAAUUUCUCUCCUCAAAAUGUCGCUGAGCUCCGCCACGUGGCAGCCGAUAUGCUCUCCCUAGCCGUAGAUGUCGUCGGCGUCCCUUCUCCGGUGAUCAAAUCCGCUUCCUUCUAUUACAAGACCGGUCUGGUCUGGCACGAUCUUAAAAACUUCGAUCUAGCGUCAACAUGCUUCGAGAGAGCCACGGAUCUUAUCUCGAAGCUCGAUAUAAGGAAAAUAUCGGACGCAGGAGAGAGGAAGCUUCUGUUAGAUCUAAACAUCGCGAGAUCUCUCACCGCGUGGGAGAUUUCAGAUAAAAAUCUUGCGAUAACACUACUGAACCGGUCCAAAACUCUCCUUUUCGGUUCACCAGUUCACUUCAAAGCUCUGGCGAACCAGUUCUUAGCUUUCGCUAAGACCGCUUUAUCGAGAACUGAAAAUAAUGGUAGCUUCAACGAAGCCUUGAAGCUUAUGAACGAAGCUUUGGAAUUAUGCGAGAAAGGAUUAUCUAUUUCCCGAACACGAGAAGAAACGGUGGAGAUCAAGGAAUUAAAAUCCAAAAUCCUGCGUUUCAUCUCAGCCGUCCAUUUGCAAAACGGAGAGUUCGAAAGCGUGAUCAAGUGCGUUAAAGUUUUAAGGGAGAACGGUGGUGAGAGUGGAGAUCACCACGCUUCAUUGCCGGUUUUGGCAAUGAAGGCGUGGCUUGGUUUAGGGAGGUAUAGUGAGGCGGAGAAGGAGUUGAAGGGUAUGGUUGUUAAUAAAGGGAUUCCCGAGGGCGUUUGGCUUUCUGCGGUGGAAGCGUAUUUUCAGGCUGCGGGAAAUGCGGGGUUAGAGACUGCCAAGGGGAUAUUUUUGGGGUUGUUGGGACGAUGUCAUGUUAGUGCACGCGCGGCUGUUAGGGUGGUUCAUAGGGUGGUGGGGGACGAUAGUGGAAUUGAGGGGUCGAGGAUUAGAGCGAAGAUGGUGUCGGAGCUGGCCUCAGAUGAGAGAGUGGUUGCGUUGUUUGCGGGUGAGGCUGUGGCGAAAGAGAGGACGGCCAUGCAUGCUGUUCUUUGGAAUUGUGGUUCAGGUAAUUUCCGAUUAAAAGAUUAUGAAACGAGCGCUGAGAUGUUUGAGAAAUCUAUGCUUUAUGUACCACAUGAUAUAGAGAAUAGAGUUCUUCGAGCUAAGGGCUAUAGAGUUUUGUCUCUCUGCUACCUUGGUCUUGCUCAACUAGAUCGAGCUCAAGAAUAUGUCAUUGAGGCUGAAAAGCUUGAUCCAAACAUCGUAUGUGCUUUCCUUAAGUUCAAAAUCUGUCUGCAAAAGAAUGACAACUGUGGUGCUAUCAACCAGAUAGAAACAAUGAUAACCUGCAUGUGUUUCACUCCAGACUUUCUGUCUCUCUCAGCCCAUGAAGCUGUUGCUUCCCGUGCUCUUCCUGUUGCUGUUGCCGCACUUUCCAAGUUACUAAACUUCUACACCUCAGGGAAACCAAUGCCAACAGCAGAAGUUGUAGUGCUACGCACCUUGGUCACAGUUCUCUCUCAAGACCUUGGUAAAGAGCCUGAAGUCCUAAAAUUCUUGAAACAAGCAUAUGAUAGAGCUUCUAAGCUUGGAGCUGACUGCUUUUUUGGAAAAGGAGAGGUUGGAAGACGAGAACAGAAUUGGUUUGGUGUAACUGCAUGGAAUUUUGGAACAAAAUGUGGAAAGGAAAAGCACUAUGAUUUAUGUGCUGAAUUUUUGAGACUGGCUUCUGGAUUUUAUAGUUUUGUUGUUGAUGGACAACUGGAAGAAAACCAUAUCAUGACUUGCAGAUCAUUGAUACUGACUGUAUCUGCUAUGAUAGCUUCAGAGAACCAAAGAAUGAUUCCAUUGCCGGAUGCUGAAGUAAAAUGUGCUGUUGAGCUGCUAGAGAGAGCAGGGAAGAUACUGAAUUCUCUCUCAGUGGGGUCCCAGCUAAAUGAUGAUAAAGUUAAUACCAUUGAGUCUGACCUCUUUUUCAUGUAUGUGCUCAAUGCCUAUGAUAUGCAUGGAAGACUUAACAAUUUAGAGUCCCAACAACGCCUUGUUAAGAGCUUUGCUGGCACGAAGGCUUGCAGUCCUCAAUACCUUCUCCAAAUUGGCCUGAAUGCCUCACAGGGUCCAAGGUUCAAUGUAGAAGUGGCAACCUUUGCUCUCAGUGAGUGUCUCUCAGGCUUUCUUUCUUCUGCCUGUCCGGACUACCAAAAUGUGGCACUUGUUGUCCGAAGGCUGAUUGCAAUAGCUAGCAUGCACAAGGGUGAUACAGAUGACGAUGCGGUGCUUAGUAUGUACAAGCAAGCAUACCGAAUAAUGGUUGGGUUGAAAGAAGGGGAAUAUCCAACAGAAGAGGGCAAAUGGCUAGCAAUGACUGCAUGGAAUCGGGCAGCCUUACCUGUAAGGAUGGGACAGAUUGAUGUGGCAAAGAAGUGGAUGAAUGCUGGGUUGGAACUUGCUAGGAAGGUUGUCGGGAUGGAGACUUAUCAGGCAUGCAUGGAGGAUUAUGUUGCCGGAUUUGAAAAGAAAUUUGAUAUGCAGAUUGCUGGUGAAAGCAGGCGUCAACUAGGGCAGUAGCAUGUGUAAAUCCCAUAGAUUUUAAUAAAUGUUUCUUGAAAGU